CGCAGUAGGGGACGGUUCGCCAUGCGGGCUCACCCGGCCGGGCGGUAAGAUGUAGAGGGCAGCGGGGUGAACCGAUGCUGAAGCUGCAAGGGACGCUGCUGUGGGGCAAAGGGAGUGUUGGGAUGAGAUGUUACUCAACCAGGGUGAAAGAAGAAAGCAGGAAACUAUGGUUACAUGAGCAGGUGGAGCUGUUGGAAGUGUUGGAAGCUAGAGUGAAGCAACUCCGGGCUGAUAAUGAAUCGGACAUCCUAAAGCCCAAGAUCCAAGUAUGCCAGGUCAAGAAAUUAAAUUACUUUCCGGGUGCCCAAGUGCAGAAGACCUCGGCACCCCAAACGGCUCAGGGCAAACCCAUCCCAACCCGGACCAUCAAAGCAAAUGCUUGGAAGGCCAAAAUGAAGAUGGAAAAACAAGCCAAUAAAAUGAAGCGUUGGGACUUCAGUAGCAGAAUCUUAGAAGCGAUUAUCUCCUCUAACACUCUGGUGGAACAAGCGGUUAAGUGCUCCGUGAAAUCUGUCAGCAAAACUACAGCGGAUGGCUCCGAGGCACAGUCAGACUCCAAAAUCGUCUUGACAGGGAUCCAGGUCUGGGACAGAAAUCAGCCUCCCGUUUCCUCGGCUGUCCAGACUGUGCCGAUGCUUAACGGGAGGGUGCUUCCAGAAAUGAAAGUCUUCCAGGACGAUAUUCGGAUGACCAUUUUAGCCUACAUGGACACGUCCCUGUACAAGGGCCAGAAGAGGAAAGCCUUAAAGUGUUUGUUAUAUUUCCACACUACCCCGGGGCUGAAGAAGUUUCUAACUACACAGAUGUUCAGUCUCCUCAUGUGUCAUUAUGCCAAGCAGGCAUCAUCACGGAUUUCUUCCUCUUUUCUCUCCCCUCAGAAGAAGCCCAUUCCUUACACCAAGCUCAAUUUUACAGCCGAAGAGCUGCAGCAGCGGUUCCGAAAACAAUACAAGACGGAGAUAUCCGACAGGGUCACGGUUGAGUCAGUGGAAGCCACUAUACCUACCACAGCUACAACUAUCAAAGCGAGGGAAAUUUUGAGCAAGAUUCGUUCUCAGUGGGAAGCAACUUUGCUUCACAACCUGACGAAGCUCAAGAAACAAGAGAACAUUUGGCGGACGUCCAAACUGGAUAUCUAUCCGUUCCUUUGUGUGCUGACCGACAAGGAAUACGUAGAUCUUAUGAUGCAGACGGUCUUCAGCAUGCCAGCCCUUGGGGAAUGCGUCAGCAUUUUAGCGAAGGAUCUGGGUACCAGAAUCUACAAUAAAUACACCAUUCAGAGAAAAAGUUGUACCAUUUCAUCAGAAAAUUUUGAGAAGACCUAUGAUAGCUACGUCAAACUUUUGGCCAAGGAUAAUCAGGUGAAUGGUUUUUUGCCCCGGGAAUAUUGGGAGAAGCUGAGGGCAGAGGUGGGUUAUAGUCCUUCCUUGAUAUCCAAGCAAGCCGUCUGGCCCCCAAGCCUGUUGGUUCAGCUGGGUUUUCAGCUGAUAGAACUGAUGGUCCAAACUCUGAAGCUGGACAACAGCCUGCUGCCUUCGCUCCCUAAGAACUCCGUCAUUCCAGUCCUGUAUCACGUCUAUUCUUUCCGCGGAACCAAGCAGAUCGGUUUCAUAAAACCUCACUCCAUCCUGAUCCGGAUUCUUCAGGAGGCUUUGGAGACAACGCUCACCUUUGACUCCUUCAUCCUCCCCAUGCAGUGCCCGCCCGUGCCCUGGGUCUCUUCCCACUUCGGGGCCUACACUCUUUCCCCCGUCAAGCUGAUGCGAUGCCCGGACGGGGUGUUCCAACACGAGCUGCUUUUGGACGAGUGCCCUCACGACCACCUCUGCUUGGUCCUGGACGCGCUGAACUUUCUGGGCAACUGCCCUUGGAAAGUCAACCAGCCCGUGUUGGACGUGAUCAUCUCCAUCUUCAACGAUAAAGGCGAUGAGAAGUUGGACGUCCCUCCGCCGCCAUCUUGGGAGGCCAAAGAGCUCGCCAAGCAGCUGGCCGAGAGUGCGCCCAUGUCCCGGAUGGCUCUGAAAUGGAAGAUGGCCCAGUGCCGUAAGAAGAACCGGGAGACCUACAGCCUGCGGAUGGACAUGCUCUAUAAGCUGUCCAUCGCCAAGCACAUGAAAGAUGAGGUUUUCUGGUUCCCCCACAACCUGGAUUUCCGUGGGAGAACCUACCCGUGCCCCCCUCACUUCAACCACCUGGGGGGCGACUUCACCCGGGGGAUUCUCCUCUUUGCGGAGGGGAAGCCGCUCGGACCCAAAGGCCUGAAUUGGCUGAAGAUCCACCUGGUCAACCUGACAGGGCUGAGGAAGAGGAACUCUCUGAAGGAGAGGUUGGCCUACGCCAAUCAGAUCAUGCCCGACAUCUUGGAUUCGGCAGACCACCCGUUAACGGGCAAGAGGUGGUGGAUGGACACCGAUGAACCCUGGCAAGUUUUGGCGUGUUCCAUGGAGAUUGCGAAGGCGGUGCGAUCUCCCGAUCCUUCUGAAUACAUCUCCCAUUUUCCUGUUCAUCAGGAUGGUUCAUGCAAUGGGCUUCAGCACUACGCUGCGCUUGGGCGCGACGUGCUUGGCGCCUACUCCGUCAAUCUCGCCCCAUCUGAAGUUCCUCAGGACGUCUACACUUCAGUGGCUCACCAGGUGGAGUUAACUCGGAAGAAUGAUGCCGAAAAUGGAAUCAAAAUUGCUCAGGUCCUGGAGGGCUACGUAACUCGGAAGGUGGUGAAGCAGACGGUAAUGACGGUUGUGUAUGGAGUCACCCAAUAUGGGGGGCGUCUCCAGAUAGAAAAACAGCUGAAGGAGAUUGAAGACUUCCCAAAGGAGAAUGUUUGGCAGGCUUCAAAGUAUCUUGUCCAGCGAGUCUUUCAAAGCCUUUCCCAAAUGUUUUCCGGGUCUCGGGAAAUUCAGAACUGGCUGACCGAAAGCGCCUGGCUGAUUUCCAAGACGGGCCAGACGGUGGAGUGGGUGACCCCGCUAGGGCUGCCCAUCAUUCAGCCUUACCAUAACAAGAAAUCCAUGUCGAUAAAAGGUGACUUGCAGAGCCUCCGCUUAAAAUUCAACCACCAUGUGGACCAGAAGCCAAACGUAAGAAAGCAGAAAAAUGCCUUCCCACCCAACUUCAUCCAUUCUCUGGAUUCCAGCCACAUGAUGUUGACGGCUCUGCAUUGUCAAAAGGCCGGGCUAACCUUUGUCUCUGUGCAUGACUGUUUCUGGACACAUGCAGCCACGGUGGACAUAAUGAAUAAGAUAUGCCGUGAUCAGUUUGUAGCACUGCACAGCGAACCCAUCUUGGAGGAUCUUUCAAAAUUCAUGUUGCAGAAAUACUGUUCCAGCCCCACAAUACCUGAAACUGAUACAAAGAGGAAGAUAGCUGUCCAGGCCAGGAUCCAGGAGCUGAAAGAUUUACUGCCUAAAAUUCCCAAGAAAGGUGAAUUCAAAUUAGGGUUGGUGAAGAAAUCGACCUACUUUUUCAACUGAUUCUGCAAGAUCAUCUAGUCUUCUGCAUUCGAACGUAGACCCAAUGGACGAAUGUAGAUCCGGUGGACAGACUUAAGGAGCAAUUUCCUGUUUCUCUCCAGUCUCCCUGAAUGGGACUGAAAAUGUACUUGGUUCCUUAAAUUUGGUCUCUCUCUCGGUGCUUCUGGAGGGGGUCAGCCUGCCAAGGAAUUCCUUCCCCAUGGAGGAAGAAGAAUUGCAUCACCCCCCCCCCCCCAAAAAAAAAACAUGUUUUUAGGUUUAUCAGGGAGAAAUGAGGUACUAAUGUCUAAGGGUGCAAACAGCAUGUUUCUCCCUAGAUUGUCUGGAGAAAGGCCUCAGUUUGGCCUUUCUGUCUCUUCUGGAAGAA